AAGUGGAUCAUUUGCAUUGAUUGAUCAGGAUGAAACUUGAAUUGAAUCCAGAUUAUCUGCCCAUCAGAACCAGUGACGUCUGCUUCUCUCCUCUCCUGGAUGCUCUCUCUCUGUCUGCUGCCCUCAUUUCUCUCCUCCCACUCAUCACCGUUUAUUUCAGCCUGAUCACUUCGCCGCUGCUCGCAGUGAAACCCUCCCAGCUGAGAGCAGACGCCUUCUCCGCUGCGUCUCUUUGCUCCACCUUUACUUUCCGCUUGCUGUGGCCUCUGGUUUCAGGACUUUGGAUCCUCCUCCAGCCCACCAUGCGGUCUCUGCUGGAGAGCAGCUGGUUGAGGUUUGGACCUGCAGGUCGGGACUCUCUGGACUGGUCCACUGUCCCAUCACCGCUGCCGUCCACUGACAGACAGGCUACGGGUCAAGGUUCAGGUGAAGCCAUCAUCAGCACCAGAUCCAUCACCUACAUCGCCAUAGGAACGGCUUCCUUCCUCGUCCUUUUUGUGAGCAUCCUUGGCUUUCUGAUCUGUCGGCGCCGGCGGAGCUUCCGCCUGGACGGGAAGCUGGAUCUGGCCAACGUGAUCGCCCUGGAGGAUCUGCAGGACCCGGAGAGGAACUGCGAGCUGCUGUCCUCCCUGCGCCGCAGCCAGUUUCCCAGCAGCAGCUCUGAACAGGAUGUGUCAGAUGGCGUGUUCCUCAUGGUCUACCUGCCCCCGCCCUAUGAGCAAACCCUCACCAGGAUCGCCAGGGCGGCCAGCACAAGCAGCUCCAAGGACGUGGAGCUGCUGCCAUCCAGUCCUGGACCAGAGACGGGAGAGACAGAGAAAGAAGGGAUGGGAAUGAAUGAUGAAAUCGUCCUGAAGGAAGAAAAUAUGACUGAAUAAAUGUGAAAUAAAUAAGAGGACAAUAAAAGACAGAAUUCAACAAUAAAAGAGAUUCAUUAUACAAAUUAUUUCUUCUCUCUAAUGCCUCUUGGUGAGCCAGACUUCUUCAGGAAGGUCACAUGGUAGAAGAAGAGGUCACUGCUCCUGUGCAUUGAACAUAAUUCGGCUGAUUCAGAACACACCAUCAGAACAUCGAUCCGUCGAUCAGUCGAUCAGUCGAUCCAUCAAUCCAUCGAUCCAUCAAUUCAUCGAUCAGUCGAUCCAUCGAUCCAUCAAUUCAUCGAUCCGUCGAUCCAUCGAUCCAUCAAUUCAUCGAUCCGUCGAUCCAUCGAUUCGUCGAUCCGUCGCUGCAUCGAUCCAUCGAUCUGUCAAUCCGUCAAUCCAUCGAUUCAUCGAUCCGUUGCUUCAUCGAUCCAUCGAUCCAUCAAUUCAUCGAUCCGUCGAUCAGUCGAUCCGUCGAUCCAUCGAUCCGUCGAUCCAUCAAUUCAUCGAUCCGUCAAUCCGUCGAUCCGUCAAUUCAUCGAUCCGUCGAUCAGUCGAUCCGUCGAUCCGUCGAUCCAUCGAUCCAUCGAUCCAUCAAUUCAUCGAUCAGUCGAUCCAUCGAUUCAUCGAUCCAUCGAUCCAUUGAUCCAUCGAUUCAUUCGCUGUUGAAAGGGACACUGCCACGGUUUCCCUUUAGAUGACAA